CCCCCCCCCCCCACACACACACACACAUACACACGCACGCCGCUUUUCAGCGCUAGCUUGACAUUAGUAACACCGCCGGCAGCACAUUGAAACAGGUUGACCGAAUGGAGACAGCAGGCAUUUGUCAGAUUGAUGUGGCGACCAGAAGAAUUGUUGAGGGAAAUGAUUCACCAACUGAACAAGACAGCCCUUAUCAGGAGGAGGUUGCAGAAUUUGGUUUUGAGUUGAGCUGCAACGAGGAAGAGAGAGGAGAGACUCCUGGCAGAGAGGGCAGCCCAAGUGAUGACUUGAGGGAGGCAGAGCUUGAUCCUGGAGGAGAACCUAAAUCUUCUGAAGAUGAUGCCUUUGGGAAGGAGGUUGUGUUACUUAUGCAGGCAUUGAAUUCCUUAGCCACACCUGAAGAAAAACUGGCUGCUUUGUGCAAAAAAUAUGCAGACCUGUUGGAGGAAAGCCGUUGCAUGCAGAAGCGUCUGAAAGCCCUGCAGAAAAAGCAGUCUCAGAUUGUAAAAGAGAAGAUCCACCUGCAGGGGGAGCACAGUAAAGCUAUCCUGGCCCGCAGCAAAUUGGAGAGCCUCUGUCGGGAGCUCCAAAGACACAACAAGACUUUGAAGGAGGAAAAUGCCCAGCGAUCCAGGGAGUAUGAAGAGCAACGCAAGGAAGCCAUGCUUCACUUCCAGAUGACUUUAAGUGAUGUUGAGGCCCAGAUGGAGCAACACAGCUCACACAACACUAAGCUGAGGCAGGAGAACUUGGAGCUUGCUGAGAAACUCAAAAAGCUCAUUGAACAGUAUGAGCUCCGAGAGGAGCACAUAGACAGAGUUUUCAAGCAUAAAGAGCUACAGCAACAGCUGAUGGACGCUAAGUUGCAGAGAAUCACUGAAAUGAUGAAGGAAGUGGAGGAGAAACAGCAGCGAGAAAGAACCUUUUUGCUGAAAGAUGCCACUGAAUCAAGACGAAAGUGUGAGAUGAUGAAGGACCAAGAAGUUCAACUCAAGCAGCAGCUUUCGCUGUACAUGGACAAGUUUGAGGAGUUUCAGAGCACUCUGGCCAAAAGCAACGACGUCUUCACCACUUUCAGACAAGAGAUGGAGAAGAUGACAAAGAAAAUUAAGAAGCUGGAGAAAGAAACAACGCAGUGGAGAACUAAAUGGGAGAGCAACAACCAGACUUUGCUGCAGAUGGCAGAGGAGAAAACGCUACGAGAUGGCCAUUUCAAGGCUCUUCAGGGCAAGUUGGAACUCCUGGAGAGACUGUGUAGAGCUCUGCAGAGGGAAAGGAAUGACCUCAACAACCAGAUUAGCCUCCUGCAGGAGCAGGCAGAUGAGCCAGCAGAACUAGGAGGGGAGGAAGAUGAAGGAGAGGAUAAGAAACUGUCCCGGGACGAGAGGCUGGAAACUAAAGGAAUCAACAAAGCUCGACCUGCAGAGAUGGAGUCCACAACAGCUUGUGAAAGCACCAUUGCUUCGUUGUCAAGACAUCCCCUCGAAACCUAAGCCACGCUGCAGGAUUGAGCCCGCCUCAACUAGUCUGCUGUGAAUGUGCGGGCCGAUUUCUCAAUUCUACUCUUAGAUCUCAAGUUUUCUACAUGAACAAUAAACUAGUAUCUAUUUGUGUAAUAGAGGAAGAAGGAUAAUUUGAUUGUUUGAUUGAAUUUGUCUCUAGAUCUCUAUUGUCCAUGUUUGCCGUGGUUUUAAUAAUUGGGGUUAAUGAGUACUUUGUACUCUAUUUUCUACAUAAUUAUUUUCAUAAGUAAUAUUCACACCAAAAAGAGGCUCUUUUCAUGGUGUACACAUGCAGACAAGUCUCUGAUCAUUUCAAAUGAGUUCAGAGGUGGGCAAUUCACCUGCAAAUGUGAUUGUGAGCAUAAAACAAAAGUGUAAUUUGCCAUCUGUACUGGACACAGCAUAUUGAAUAUGAUUUUCAGACCUUAAUCAUGGUGUGACUAUGUUUCUAUAAUAUUAAAUUGAAUUGAUGUUUUCUUUGUGGUUCAUUCUGGAUGUUAGAGUUAUUAGCAAGAUUGAUCCAUUUCAGCUAUUUAGUCUAAUUCAUGACAUGCUACUGACAGGGAGCAUGUUCAUGACGAGCUAAACACAAAUCGCUUCUCAGCAUACGCAUAACCUUUUCUUAAAUUUUUGUUGUAGUCUGAAAGAUGUGUUCUUGAUCAAUUGUUGAACUUGUUGCCCUUCAUUGAACUUGUCAUGCUUUUCUCCAACUUAUAAGGGAUGCUCAUGUGCUAUUUUGAAUAAUAAACAUCACAGCACAUUUG